GAGAACAUCUCCGAAAUGCCAACGCAACAAGGCGAAGAUGACAUGUCACAAUUGUUUCUUCCCUUGCGAGGCUUCUGCGCUAGGAAAGAUGUGGGUUAUUUUUUCUUAGAUUUUCUCUCUUUUGAAUCUAUAAACAGAAAUAAUUUUAUUGGUUGGUUGUUGCAGAUUAAGGUGAAGGAGGUUGUGUUGGAGGAGACUGAUAUCUGCAAGGCAAUUGUCAACUGCAUCAACGCCUGUUCCAUCCAAAACAUUGUUCUCGGAGCGUCGUCUAGAAUCUCACUCAUCAAGAAAUUUAGGAGCAGUACUGAUCUGGCUACGAACGUAACGAAGCUGGCGCCAGAUUUCUGCGCAGUAUACGUCAUACAGAAAGGGCGGCCGGCGACGAUCAGGUCGGCGAAGAGUCCGCCGCCUCCGCCGCCGCCGCCGUCCGGUUAUGUCGCUGUUGCUCCUGGUUUCCUGGUUUCGCAGGACCAACCGACGACGGCGACGGCCAAGAUGGCGUUGCGGCAAGAAAGCCUCGACCUCUCUCCUCGGCCCUCCGCGCCGCGGGAUUGCUCCUCCGGCGACUCGGAAUCCGGAUUCCAGUCCGUGGACUCCGGCACGUCCGAGACCUCAUCCAACUUUAACGAUCCCUCCGGCGAAUCCCUGCUCUCGCCUAGUUCAACUGCGGGGACGAAGGAUUUGGAGGCCGAGAUGAAGAAGCUGAAGCUGGAAUUGAAGCAUACCAUGGCGAUGUACAGCACGGCUUGCAAAGAAGCCGUCACUGCUAAACAAAAGGCCAAGGAGCUGUACAAGUGGAAGCUGGAGGAAUCCCGGCGAGUGGAGGUGGCGAAGCACGCGGAGGAGGCGGCCCUGGCGGUGGCGGAGAUGGAGAAGGCCAAGUGCAUAGCUGCGCUGGAGAUGGCCCGCGCGGCGCAGCGGAUUGCGGAGCAGGAAGCCAUCCGACGAAGGAACGCGGAGAUGAGGGCGAAGCAGGAGGCGGCGGAGAAGAACAAGGCCCUGAGCGCGCUGACGCACGGCGACGUCAUCCACUACCGCAGGUACAACAUCGAGGAGAUCGAGCUCGCCACGGAAGGCUUCUCCGAGGAGCUCAAGGUGGGAGAGGGAGGGUACGGACCGGUGUACCGGGCGUGCCUGGACCACACGCUGGUGGCGAUCAAGGUGCUCCGGCCGGAUGCGGCGCACGGGAGGAGCCAGUUCCAGCAGGAGGUCUACUUGUUGAGCUGCAUCCGCCACCCCAAUAUGGUGCUCCUCCUCGGCGCCUGCCCUGAGUACGGCAGCCUCGUUUACGAGUACAUGGAAAAUGGCAGCCUGGAGGACCGGCUGUUCCGCCGCGGGGGCACGCCGCCUCUCCCCUGGCCGCUUCGCUUUAAGAUCUCAGCGGAGAUCGCCACCGGCCUCCUCUUCUUCCACCAAUCGAAGCCGGAGCCGAUCGUGCACCGAGACCUCAAACCCGCCAACGUCCUCCUCGAUCGCAACUUCGUGAGCAAGAUCAGCGACGUCGGGCUGGCGCGCCUCGUGCCGGCCGCCGCCGCCGACCAGAUGACGCAGUACCGCAUGACCGCCACAGCCGGAACCUUUUGCUACAUCGACCCCGAGUACCAGAAGACGGGCAUGCUGGGCACCAAGUCCGACGUGUACUCGCUCGGCGUCUUGCUGCUGCAGAUCGUGACGGCGCGGCCGCCCAUGGGGCUAGCGCGCCUCGUGGAGCGGGCCAUCGAGCGGGGCGAUUUCGUCGGCGUGCUCGAUCCGACGGUUACCGACUGGCCGAUGGAGGAGACUCUAGGAUUCGCCAGGCUCGCGCUCAAGUGCGCGGAGCUGAGGAGAAAGGACCGGCCGGAUCUCGGGAUGGUGGUGCUGCCGGAGCUGAACCGGCUCAGGAAUCUCGGGAUUGCUUACGAAUCCAGCGACAUCAGGCCCCCCGCCGCCGCCGGCGAUGGAGCACAAACCUUGACUGCAGGACAUCAACAUGCCAGCUCUCACGUCAAUCAGAUUAAGAUGAUGAGUACUCCAAACAUACGAAUGGAAAGGCAGCUGAAGGAAUGUGACUUCCGGAAGAGAAUUUAAGAAGCUGAAAUUGAAAUUAGUCAAUCAAUGAUUGUGCUUCUACUGAAUCAAACUCCACAAUGAACUUAGAUUUGUUCCUAGGGAAGACUAAUUCACGGAGCUUUUAGAGAUUUUAACAAAGUUAAAUAUAAAAUUUAAGUUCUAUCACUAAUUUUAAUCUAUAAAACUAUGAUUUAAAGUCAUUGAUUGAAAUAUCCCUCCUGUCGAGAUCAAUACUACCAGAAUUACAUAUCAAUAAUUCGAUAGCCAGUUUGGACGUUAGCUUUUAUCCGUCCGUCCAACGUAUCAUCCGGAGUAAACAGAGCGCAAGCGACCCUGGCAAAUAAUUGCAUAGACGGGACACGUGCCCGCACCAGACCGGUGGAGCGCAUCAGGACGUUAGAGAUUUGGCUCGUAUCGGGGCCCGCAGCAUAAGAAGGCAGUUACCUCACGGCACCGCGGGCCCCUGCAGGGGCACACGUCGAGAUGCGAGGCGCAAGGCCAAGGAAUAGGGCCCACAUGGAUCGAUUCCUGCACGUGGAGGUUCGUUCCUACUGGUCCAUUCGAGUAUGACGUGUCGGGGACGAAGCAGGCCAUCAACGAGGCUCGUCGCGCUUGCGUUCGACACAUGUCCCAUCCCCCACCAGCGCGAGGCGUCUGCGAGCAGAAGCAGAGGCUUUUUUUUGUUUUUUUUUUUUCUCUUCGCUCGAUUUAUUUCGAGGCGUAAGAAGCGCGGAGGAUAUAAGCAAUCUCGCUCGCUUCUGGGGAAGAAAAACAGCGGCGAGGGGGAAAUAGUAGUGUGCCUGGACUUCCUUCUCACGUUUCCAUCGCCCUUUUCAAUUAUUGAAGCGGUGGAGGUUCCGCGAGAUCCAGGGAACACAGAUUGCGGGAAGAAAAGAGAUGGUGAUUCUCUAGUAUUCUCUUCGUAGAUCCAG